AGUCUGGUUAUCAAUGAAAUGAAAAAUUGGCCAAUCUGCUUAAUAUUUUAAAUUCAAUAAUUCUAUAAUUUUUACUCUAUUGUCUCUAUUGAAAUGUUUUAAUAAUUAAUACUAUAGUGUCUCAAUCAAACGUACAUUAUCCUAAAGACUGAAGAAAUCCCUCUUUGAGUUUUAAAAAAAAAGUCUGUCUAUACUUUCAACCCAAUCGGGAAUGACUCAAAUUCUAUGGAUGAAUGCAAAUCUUUUAAAAAAGAAUAUGACAAGUGUUUUAAUGCUUGGUUCAGGGAUAAAUUUCUUAAAGGAAGUAACGAUGACUCUGUGUGUUCGGAGCUUUUGAAGAAUUACACUAGCUGUGUCAAGAAAGCGAUGAAAGAAAAAGACAUUGAUAUUGGAGAAUUCAGACGAUAUCAUCCAAAAAUUAGUUCUGAUAAUGAACCAUUUAAAAAUAAAUAAAAUGCUGAUCUAAGUUCAGUAUGUGUGGUGAGGAAGAGUUCAAAGAAAUAUUUAUUUUUAAUAUAACCAUUGUAUCAAUGAUUUAUAAUUAACUAUAAUAUAUCUUAUUUAGACAUGACCGCA